GGCAACGUCUUCUCGCAGACCACCAUCUGCCGCUUCGAGGCCCUGCAGCUCAGCUUCAAGAACAUGUGCAAGCUGAAGCCGCUGCUGAACAAGUGGCUGGAGGAGGCCGACUCCUCCACCGGCAGCCCCACCAGCAUCGACAAGAUCGCGGCGCAGGGCAGGAAGAGGAAGAAGCGCACCUCCAUCGAGGUGAGUGUCAAGGGCGUGCUGGAGACGCACUUCCUCAAGUGCCCCAAGCCGGCCGCCCAGGAGAUCUCCUCGCUGGCCGACAGCCUGCAGCUGGAGAAGGAGGUGGUGCGGGUCUGGUUCUGCAACCGGCGGCAGAAGGAGAAGCGCAUGACGCCGCCGGGCGAGCAGCAGCAGCAGCAGCAGCACGACGUCUACUCGCACGGCGUCAAAACGGACACGGCCUGCCACGACCUCUGACCGGGGCUGGCCGGGCGGCGGCCCCGCGGGCUCGGACCUGUGCGCAAAGGGGGGAGCCGGCAGUGGCCCCCCGCUGCCCUGCAGCCCCCUCCCGCCUCCCCCCUGCUGCCCUCCUCGCCCCGUCCUUCCCUCCUCGCCCCCCGCGGGCCGGAGCGCGGCGGGGACCCGCGGACAAGGCUCGCUCUCGGUCCCCGCCGGGACGAAGGGGAACACGGGAAGAAGGGAGGAAAUUAAUAAAAUUAAAAAAAACAGAACUGAAAACGGAAAGGGAAAGAACGCGAAAACCGGAGGAAAAAGCGAAAACCCGACGACGAAAAAGGAAAGACAGAUGUGUGCCUAUGAAUAACCUUCCAGCGCCUUGGUUAUAUCAGCUGUAUUUCAGGUGAAUCUGUUUUACAAUAGACUAGUUUUGCAUUUUUAAAGACUUCUAUAGCG